UUUUUUUUUAUCUCCAAUGUCUAGCAAUAUUGAAGUUUUGACGUGUACUGAUAUUUUGCCUCCUUUUCAGCUUUUGAAGGGUAUUGAUUUAGGCUACAAUGAAGCCUAUGUAUUCGAUGUUACAGCCAACUCUCAAUAUGCGAUUACUUCAGCUUCUGAUAAUUUUAUUCGUCUUUACGAUCUUAAUACCCUUCAACUCUCACAUACUAUUCCUGUUCAUAACAGUCGAAUCUCAAAAAUGAAGCUAAAAAGUGAUCAGUAUCUCUUUACUGCAAGUGAAGACGGGACGCUAAAGCGUUGGGAUUUAAGAGCAACGCUUAAUAUACCCGUCCAAACUUUUCAAUAUAAUAAGCCUUUGACUGCCUUUGAUAUCAAUUGCAAUGAUACAAUGGCCAUUGCAGGCACUGAGUUUUCUUAUGAUACUCAGUCUGCUGAUCUGGCGUUUUUUGAUACCCGAAAUGUUUCUCUGUUGCAUACUUUUACUGAAUCGCACGGUGAUGAUAUUACAGAGAUCCAAUGUCAUCCUUCAUUACCUGCACAAUUCAUUUCCUGUUCAACUGAUGGCAUAGUCAACACUUAUGAUGUGACUGAAUUUGAUGAAGAAGAAGCUAUGAUUUCAGCUGUCAAUUCAGGAUCUUCAGUCAAUAAGGCGGGCUACUUUGGACCCAAUGCGGAAUAUAUGUAUUGUUUAACACAUAUUGAAACAUUUUCGCUUCACACGUUAGAAGGCGAUCUUAUCUGCGAUUAUGGAGAUAUUCGUUCAAUUAACCUGACAGAAGUGGACUAUGCCAUUGAUUGUAGUUAUGAUCCAGUCAGUCAACGAUUUUACUUGAUUACAGGCAGCAACAGUGGUACGGUUGAUUUCUUUCAUGUUAAUAUUGGUCAAUUGCAGCAUUGCCAGCAAUUAAAGGUGGAAGGUAGUCAUUCAGAUAUUGUGCGUUCUUUGUAUUGGAACCAUCCAACCCAAAGUAUUUUGACAGGUGGUGAAGAUGGUAGAUUAUGUGCUUGGCAGGGCCAACUUUAAAUAGAUAUUAUUUAUGGGUAAAAUAAGUUUUAAAUAGACAAAUAAAAAGAAGCUUUGUGCUAAAAAGUAUAAA